AUGGGAAGAGCCCAAGAACACAACCAACACUCCAUGGUCGCGGAUUGGCCCAAGGCCGAUCCCAAGACGUGGAACAGAGCCCAGCGCCUCGUCGACUACCUCCGCCUGUAUCCCAUCUACCCGGACGAGCCGCCGCCCAAGUUCGCAAAGACGGACAAGAUCCCGUUCAUGCCCGCGUGGUCGCAGCACCGCUACAUCCUCGUCUACGCCGCGGUGCCGCUGCUCCUGCACCAGGCGUGGGUCUCGCUGACGGGCAUCCCCAUGGGCAAGAUCGCCGCGGCCCUCUUCUACUACACGGCGUACAAGCUCAUCGCCGUGCGUGAGGUGCGCCUGCUGCGCGGGCUCAUCUACCAGCACGGCGUGCUCGACGGCGACGUCGCCCGCGACGGCAUCCCCAACACGGGCGCGUGGAAGAUCAUCGGCGAGCUGGAGAAGACGAUGGGGUUCCGCAUGGCCAUGGCCGCGUUCCUGACGUACGACCCGGCCGUCUCCCCGCUGCAGGCGCUCCGCGACACGAGCACCUACGCGCCGUUCCUCGCCAAGCUGUGCCUCUACGGCGUGGUGCUCGACUUCUUCUUCUACUCGUACCACCGCGCGUGCCACGAGCUGCCGGGCCUGUGGAAGUACCACCGGACGCACCACCUGGCCAAGCACCCGACCGCCGUGCACUCUGGCUUCGCCGACGACGAGCAGGAAAUCAUCGAGAUCCUGAUUGUGCCGUUCCUGACGUACCUGACGCUGUCGGCCGUGGGCCUGCGGCUGGGCUUCUACGAGUGGUGGAUCUGCUUCGAGUAUCUGACCUGGGCCGAGGUCUGGGGUCACUGCGGCCUCCGCGUGCACGGCGUGGUGCCGUCGCCCAUCUCUGCGGUGCUCGGCGUGCUGGGCAUGGAGCUGGCGCUCGAGGACCACGACCUGCACCACCGCAAGGGCUGGAAGAAGAGCUUCAACUAUGGCAAGCAGACGCGUGUCUGGGACCGCCUGUUUGGCACAACCACCGACAGGCUGGAGGCGGACAAGUCAAAUAUCGAUUAUACGAAACGCGUACCAAUGUCUCUGCACUAG